UGCCCGUUGGUAUGUUUCUUGAGACUUUUUCCAGCAUAGAGAAGGUUCUGAUUCGUGGUGUGGCGUUACCUGGUUGGCAUUUCAGCAGCGAGUGGGGUGAAGGCACGAAUGGCGGCAACCCUACUCUUGUGACAUGGCGCGAGAAUCCACUUUAUGUGGUGCGAAACAAUUCUGAGGAGCCAUUGCAGAUCAUGGCCAUGAUUGGUCAGCCGGACCAACGACACAAACUUCACCUAUUGCCACAACAGGAGUUAGAUUAUAUUCAAUGCGGUCUGGUGCUCUCUCAAAAUACGGACAAGACGAUGAUUCCCACCUAUUUAUUGACAGCGAAUAACCACCAAAUGAUUCACAAGGGCCUUUACAUGGACUUCCGUGAAGUGGCUAACCGAAUUGUUAUACCGCCAAAUUUUUUUGGAUAUCUUGUUCCUGGAGCAAUGUUUCACGAGCAAGGAAGAUUUCUAUUGUCUUACUGGUACACCAACGUAGAUGACGAAAAAAGGUUGAGUAUUACUCGACUUAAAGUGGAUGUGGCACGUCAUUUACCGGCAAUUGCUCAUGUCACACUGGAAAGCCAGCAAAGGAAGCGUGUCGAUUUUAUAGUAGAUACUACAACUGACGCGCACAUUCUGCUGCGCCAGGAAAAGCCGUAUCGUACUGCCAAUUGCUCAGACGCGAUGACAGAGGAUUUUCUUGGUAUGUACUUAUAUGACGAACAUGAUGAAUACCUAAGCGGUGUUGCAUCCGCUACAAAUUUUCGCGAAACUGGCAUCGUGCAUCAUCUCCCUGCCCCUGGCCGGUACGUUCUUUCCAUUACAUGUCCGCAUGCCAAUGGUCCUGUUCCUGUAAGGGUGGAGAUUGUGGCGACAGAGGAGGCUCACGUCCGUACAACUGAGCCACCUAUUAACGCCGUAAAACUUAAGGAUGUAAAUGGCGAACUCAACGAAGAAAACAUUACUCUUCCUGUACCGCAGACGUUAGUAGGCUUGACUUCAAGAAAGGCGUCGACACGUACGACAUCAAUUUCCUCACGAAUUCCGAGUAUUCCUGUGGAAAUUGAUAUUAGAAACCAGGACUUUUCUUUUCUUGACCCGGCACCGGAGGGCAUUCCUAUUCAGGACAUACAUCUUAUGGGAGAUUCUGCAUUUGCCGCAUCUGCGCGUGAGCGCAUGAAACUGAAAAGAAAUCCUGUUGCGAAUGCGAGCAAGAUCAGUGCCCUUGAGGAGGAGAUGGAUCAACGUGCUCAUGUAUUGGCUAAGCAGUUGCGUGCCAAAGAGCGCACUUUCCUUGAUCCAGAGCCUGAGGGUGUUCCACUUGAGUUGCUUUCAUUAAAUGAAAAUGAGGCCUUUCAGGAAUUGGAGCGAGAGCUUCGUGCCCUAAAUCGCAAACCCCGGAAGGAUGCCAAAGCAAUAGUUGCUCUUGAAGAUGAUUUGUUUGACCGAACACACGUGCUUGCCAAGGAGCUAAAGGAAAAUGAGCGGAACAUCUUUUUGGAUCCACAGCCUGAGGGUGUGCCGGUGUCUGAGCUGUCGUUGGAUUUAGACGAGCCGUUUCACACGAUGGAGGUGGAACGUCUACGCCUUCGCCACGAGGACCCGCGCGCAAAUGUGACAAAAGUAAAGGAGCUGGAAAAUGCAUUGAAUGACCGUGCGCAGGAGUUGGCACGUUUGCAGCUUCGCAAGGAGCGGGCUUUCCAGGAUCCCGAGCCUUUUGGGUUUUCCUUGGAGGAGCUUGGAUUGGGUUUUGAUGACGCGGUUGUGCGUGGCGAGGCGCAACUGCGUGAGCUGAGGAAGGAACCGAGGAAGAACGCGGCGGCGAUAAAGGCGACUGAGGAUGAGAUUUCCAAAUUGGUGCGUGACAUUGCUCGCAAGAAGGCUGCAUUGGAUCGCGCGUUUCUCGACCCCGAGCCGGAGGGUCGUCUCGUGGGGGAGUUGCCGCUGGACGAAGACAAGUCGUUUGUGGCGAUGGACACAAAAAGACGCCAGCUGCUGCGCAGAGACGAGGACCCGAGUAAAGUGAAGGCUCUGGAGGAGGAGAUGAACGAUGUUGCUCACGAGAUUGCCCGGGCACUGAAUGCAAAGGAGCGUCUUGACUAUUUGGGCGCAUCUCCGUGCGGCGUCCCCCUCGAAGACCUGCCACUGGACUUGGAUCAGGAGUUUCGUGAGUUGGAGGCGAAACGCCAGCAGUUGAAGCGCGACCCGAGACGGAAGGCGGCUCUUGAAGAUGUGGAGGCGGCGUUGAAUGCGCGCACGGAGGAGAUCGCAAGGAGGCAAUUGGCAGGUGACCGUGGGUACCUGGACCCAGCACCAGCUGGUGUUCCGCUGUCUUUCCUUCCCGUUGACAGGGAUGCUCCGUUUCAGGCACUCGAGGCGAAGCGUGCACAACUGAAGAAGUACCCACAACGGAAUGCAAAGUCGAUUCGGGAAGUGGAGGAUGAUCUCAAUGAUCGUGCCGUUGAACUUGCUGACGAACUGAAGGCGGUUGAGCGGGAGAAGUUUCUAAAUCCGAAGCCCAAUGGUGUUCCUAUUGAUGACGUUCCCACCAACAACGAUGGUCCGUUUCGUGACAUGGAGAUUCAGAGGCUUCUGUUGCGUGAGGAACCCGUCAGGAAUGCGACUGCAAUCAGCAACCUGGAGGACGCCAUGAACGAGAGGGCCUUGGAGCUUGCGGCGAAUAUGUUGGCGGAUAAGCGUGCCUUCCUGGAUCCGGAGCCAUUGGGCAUUCCUCUUGAUGAUCUACCACUUGAUAAAAAUGAGGAGUUUUUGGCAAAUGAGGGGGCUGUAAGCGAAAUUAUCCGAGAGAUGCCAUUGAAUAGUGCGAAUGAGAUUUUAUUGAAGGAUAAAUUGCUUAAAAUGGAAUCCUCCAGUAAUAAUAAAGACGUUAAGGAUUUACGUGCCGAUUAUCUUGAUCCAGAACCAGAGGGCCGAUUGGUUGAGGAUCUUCUAUUGGAUGAUAAUGCGGAGUAUAUGGAGUUAGAAAAGAAGUUGUUUGAGGCGAUGAACUCCCUCAAAAGCGAUCCAAAUGUGAUUAACUCCUUGAAGGCCGAAAUGAAUGAACGAGCGCACCAGGUUGCAAAGGCAUUGAAUGCCUCUGAGCGAAAAGAUUAUCUUGAUCCUACACCAAGGGGUGUACCUGUUGAUGAUUUACCACUGGACACUGAUGAGGAGUUUUCCAAGCUUGAAGCAGAUCGAGCACGACUACGACAAUCGCCAAAGAGAAACCAGGAGGAAAUACUGUCUAUAGAAGAGGCAUUGAAUGGCCGUGCAAGAGAGCUUGCGUAUGAAGCGAUUUGCCGUGACCGUAACUACUUAGAUGAUCAUCCUGAAGGCGUGCCUUUGGAAUUGCUUCCGCUUAACACAGAUCAACUGUUUCAAGAGCUGGAAAAGGAAAGGGCUUCUAUUCUGUCUACUUAUCCUGUUUCUGCGAGCAAGUUAUCUGAAAAGGAAAAAGCACUCAAUAACCGUGCUCAUGAGCUUGCUGCCGAAUAUAAAAAAUCUGCUCGGACGCAAUAUAUUAGGGAAGAAGAAAUUCCAUUCUCUGCCGAGAACCUUUCCCUAGAGUACGAUAUUCCAUUUCAAGAAUUGGAAGCAAGGCGUUUUCAGCUGCUCACUGGAAAGGAAGAACACCGCGAUCAUCUGCUUACAGAAAUCGAAGAAGCGCUUACAAACCGCGCCAAGGAGAUAGCAAACAUAAGACAGGAAGAGCAACGAAACCUUCUUGACCAGUAUCCCUUAGGUGUACAACUAACAUCAACAACACCAAAUAAAAAUGCGGAAUUUCUGCAAAAGGAAGAAGAACUUCGACAACUACGGGGAAAACCACAAAAACAAGAAGAACUUGCUUCAAAGGGAGAAGAACUACGAGCAAAUCUAAAUGCAAUGCCCGCAAAAAAAACAGAAGAAAGUUACCCAUAUAUUGAAGCAAAUCCUAAAGGAAUUCACAUACAACACCUCCAACUAAAUACAGAUCAAAAAUUUCUUGCGAUGGAGCAGGAGCGCAGGCAACUGCUCGAGAAGGACCCGCGCAGGAACGCGAAGGAGAUCGCUGCGCUUGAGGAGAGCAUGAAUGCCCGCGCACAGGAGCUGGCACGCGAGAAGAAGCUUGCCGACCGCGCGUUCCUUGACCAGAAGCCGGAGGGCGUGCCGCUGCGAGAGCUGCCGCUCGACGACGACAGCGACUUUGUUGCGAUGGAGCAGGAGCGCAGGCAACUGCUCGAGAAGGACCCGCGCAGGAACGCGAAGGAGAUCGCUGCGCUUGAGGAGAGCAUGAAUGCCCGCGCACAGGAGCUGGCACGCGAGAAGAAGCUUGCCGACCGCGCGUUCCUUGACCAGAAGCCGGAGGGCGUGCCGCUGCGAGAGCUGCCGCUCGACGAUGACAGCGACUUUGUUGCGAUGGAGCAGGAGCGCAGGCAACUGCUCGAGAAGGACCCGCGCAGGAACGCGAGGGAGAUCGCUGCGCUUGAGGAGAGCAUGAAUGCCCGCGCACAGGAGCUGGCACGCGAGAAGAAGCUUGCCGACCGCGCGUUCCUUGACCAGAAGCCGGAGGGCGUGCCGCUGCGAGAGCUGCCGCUCGACGACGACAGCGACUUUGUUGCGAUGGAGCAGGAGCGCAGGCAACUGCUCGAGAAGGACCCGCGCAGGAACGCGAGGGAGAUCGCUGCGCUUGAGGAGAGCAUGAAUGCCCGCGCACAGGAGCUGGCACGCGAGAAGAAGCUUGCCGACCGUGCGUUCCUUGACCAGAAGCCGGAGGGCGUGCCGCUGCGAGAGCUGCCGCUCGACGACGACAGCGACUUUGUUGCGAUGGAGCAGGAUCGCAGGCAACUGCUCGAGAAGGACCCGCGCAGGAACGCGAAGGAGAUCGCUGCGCUUGAGGAGAGCAUGAAUGCCCGCGCACAGGAGCUGGCACGCGAGAAGAAGCUUGCCGACCGCGCGUUCCUUGACCAGAAGCCGGAGGGCGUGCCGCUGCGAGAGCUGCCGCUCGACGAUGACAGCGACUUUGUCGCGAUGGAGCAGGAGCGCAGGCAACUGCUCGAGAAGGACCCGCGCAGGAACGCGAGGGAGAUCGCUGCGCUUGAGGAGAGCAUGAAUGCCCGCGCACAGGAGCUGGCACGCGAGAAGAAGCUUGCCGACCGCGCGUUCCUUGACCAGAAGCCGGAGGGCGUGCCGCUGCGAGAGCUGCCGCUCGACGACGACAGCGACUUUGUUGCGAUGGAGCAGGAUCGCAGGCAACGGCUCGAGAAGGACCCGCGCAGGAACGCGAAGGAGA